GAAUAAAACUGAGGUAGAUGAAAGGAUCCAGUGUCUUGUGUGUAUAUUUUGCGCAACGCUUUGCCGUAUUUGUCCACCUCGGCUUCCGUAGAAACAGCAGAUACAGUCGCACACAGUUUGCAGUAACCUACUGUAACUGCACAGGACUUCCGGAGACGCACCACAGCAGACAUUUUUAUUCCGACUCCCACAUCAUGGCAUCUACGUUGAUCUCGGUCCCGACUACAGCGUCGCGCUUCGCCCUGCUGCAGGUGGACUCCGAUUCAGACACCGACUCCGACACCGGGAAAACCAAAUCCUCUCGAGAAACCGGCAAAUCCUCUCGAGCAGGAGGGAAAUCCGUAGGUGCCAAGAACAACCAGAACACUGACAAAAAGAAAGACAAGAAGAAACGUAAGAAGGAGCAGCAGCAAAGUGAAACCAAUGAGCUCAGGAACCUCGCCUUUAAGAAGCUGCCUCAAAAAUCCUCUGCACCACCACCUACACUGACACUACAGGGUUUAGCCAGCGAGCUGCUUAAUUCCACGGAUCGCACGUCUGCUCCCCAGGAAAGCUGGCAUGAGUGGAAACAGAGAGAUGAGCGGCUGACCAGCGAGUUGUACGAGGCAGACCUGGAAAAGGCGUUAAUGUUGAGUAAACUAGAGUUUGAGCAACAGAAAAAGGACGCUGUAAGCACUGAGACCGCAUCACCCAAAGCCAAAGGAGGAGGGAAGAAGGAGAAGAAAAAGAACCAGCAGGGGAAAGACAAACGUGUCACAGUGUCUUUGAAAGACUUUCAGCAAGACGGAAACAUUGAUCCGCCGAGUAAGAGGCCAGAGAGAGAGGAGCCAAAGCCUGGAAACACAGCAGUGCAUGAAAAGAGAUUCUUUAACCAACUAGAGGACGACGUUAACAAAAUAGUACAGCGAGACAAGCGUCGAGAGCAGUACAGCUGCAGCGCAGGUCAAGAGGUUAAUACCUCCUCUGAACAAGAACAGGAUGUAAGAACUGAACAGUUAAAGUUUGAGCUGGAAAAGAAAGACCAGGAAAUAGUAAAAUUGAAGAAGACCAUUUCUCAAUGGGAGGAUCGAUAUAAAGAAGUGAAGGCAAGAAAUUCCCAGUUACUCAAGAUGCUUCAGCAAGGCGAGAUGAAAGACAAAGCGGAAAUCCUGCAGCAAGUCGAGGAGCUUCUGAACAUAAAAGAGGAGCUGACCAAACAGGUGACAUUACUGCAUACGUCAUUAGAGCAGGAGCGGUCGAAGAUGAAGGGAUUGCAGUCCGAACAACCGAAACAUCAAACCAACCGGAAGGGCAAGAAGGGACCAGAUGGAGAUUUAUGAAGAUCAGACACGGACAUUAUGAACAGUUUAGUUGCUCCCACGUCUCCAACACUGACCCGCAUCACACUCGCUCAUCGAAUCUCAUCUCCCUGAAUCUUAUCUCUCACACACACAUAUUUCUUCCUGUCCAUCAUGACUGUAGUCUUAUUUGCUUCAUAAUGAUUAUGUGGGUAAAAAUUGGCCUUUUGCUGCUAGGGUUAGAAAUCAUCUCUGUAUUUUUUUCUUCUUUUUCUUCUGAAAGGAGGAUUCAGUAUUUGCUCGGUAUUUUGAGUGAUAUGCCUUGGCUGGUGGAUCUGAUGUGAUUUAACUACAGUUGUUUCCCAGAAGCAUUAGAAACUGCUGACAUUCACCUUAUGCUAUUAUAAAUGCUGUCACUAUGCAGGAUUUAUAUUGUUGUUAAUAAAACCAGACCCAGGUUCCAUCCUGAGCCACAAACAGGACUAAAUCAGUAUAAAUGAGCAACUUCUACUAACACAAUUUAAUGUCUCGUGUCAUUUUGUUUGGAUUGGUCUGGCAGUUGCUGCUGAAAAAAGUGCCAGUGCAUUUCAUCCACAAAAGAAAAGCAUCUACUUCACUAAGAGUGAGUACAAUGGUGGACUUUUUGAGUUCUUUUUAAUAAAGACGCCAGUCGACUUUUUCAAAGAA